AUGAGAAAAAGUGGUAUUUACACGUUUCGUGCCCACGGCCAAAUGUACCACAACAUACGGUCGUUUGGUAUAGACGGGACUGAACCCAAGCACCUGGAGCUUUACUUCUAUGAUGACGAUCCCAGUCUAGAGCACCGGUAUCGCCGUUGCCGCGAAGAGCAGUACCAGCAAGACAAGGAACUUAUCAGAAAGCUGGUUGACAUACUUCAUGACAACCCAUACUCUAAACAACUCAGGAGUAUGGGACAGGUUGAGGAUCUUGAUGACUACCGUGUGACACUGAACCUUGAUCAUAGGUUGGACCAGAGAACAUAUAACAUGCCAGCCACUUCGGAGGUGGCCGCUGUUUGGGUUGAGGGGAGCGAACGCCGAAGGCACUUUGAGAAUAGCGUUAUCCUGCAAGGGAAGAACAAGCAAAUAUAUGGCAUCCGAUCGUAUCAUGGAUGCUAUGAUGCUCUAUCAUACCCUCUCUUUUUCCCUAGAGGCGAACUCGGUUGGCAUCCCGAUAUCCCAAAGGUCGGUGUGUCCAUCAAUGUGGUGACCGCGGCUCGUAUGGCUCGUGGUAAUAAUCAUGAGGACCCAGAUUCUAAUGGCAGGCUAUGCGUGUCCGUGCGGGAUUACUACUGCUACAAAUUCCAGAUACGGCCAGGGAUAUUUAACCCAAUACUGUUUGGCAAGCGUCUUUUUCAGCAGUUCGCGGUCGACACAUACAUCAAGAUCAAAAGCUCGCGGCUGGACUACAUAUGGGCUCAUCAGAAGGAGUUAAGGGCGGACCUGUACCAAGGUUUGGUGGACAGCGUGCAUGCCGGGGAGGGUAGAGCGGACGCGGUUGGAAAACGGACCGUGCUGGCUACAUCAUUUAUCGGUGGACCUCGGGAUAAGAGGCGUCGGUACAUGGAUGCUAUGGCUUUAGUGCGAAAGUAUGGGAAGCUGGACAUCUUCCUCACAAUGACAUGCAAUCCAAACUGGGAUGAGAUCACGCGCGAGCUCUACCCUAGCCAAAUACCCCAGGAUCGUCCGGAUCUCGUCGUACGUGUUUUCAGGGCGAAGCUAGAGGAACUAAAAAAGCAGUUGCUUGAUAAGCACAUGCUUGGCAAGGUGAAGGCCUACGUCUAUGUGGUUGAGUUCCAGAAGAGGGGUUUACCGCAUGCCCACUUCUUGCUCAUCAUGAAAGGGCGGUACAAGCUCACAUGUCCGGAGCAGUAUGAUUGUAUCAUCUCUGCCGAGCUCCCGGACAAGCGUAACUACCCAGAGCUAUACAAGAUGGUUGUCAAGCAUAUGAUGCAUGGCCCUUGCGGUGUGCUGAACCGUGAUUGCCCAUGCACGAAGGACCGUCCGUCAUGCAAGAAUCAUUACCCGCGGUCUUUCAACGUGACUACCUUACAAGGAAAUGACUCCUACCCGGUGUAUAGGAGACGUGAUGAUGGCCGGCAUGCAAUGGUUCGAAAACACGAGCUAGACAAUAGGUGGGUUGUCCCAUACAACCCUUACCUCCUAUGGCUGUUCAACUGCCACAUCAAUGUUGAGGUAUGCUCGAGCAUAAAGGCUGUUAAAUACCUAUUCAAGUACAUAUACAAGGGCCAUGAUCGGGCGUCGGUGUCUGUGAACGAGGCUGACAAGAACGGCAACAUGGAUGAGAUCAAGCAGUAUAGGGACGCGAGAUGGGUGACCCCCCCGGAAGCCUUGUGGAGGAUAUACGGCUUUGAACUGAGCAAGAACUCAUCACCUGUGAUGCAACUACAACUUCAUCUCCCGAAUAUGCACAUGGUUUCGUUUCAAGAGGGCCAAGAUAUCCAAGAAGUUCUCAAUCGGGAAGAUGCUGAUAAGUCAAUGCUGACAGAGUAUUUCAAUGCGAACAAAGUACAUGAGCAUGCUCGGGGUAUCUUGUACCGAGAUUUUCCCGAGUGGUAUACUUGGCAGAAAGGCAAAAAUAAAAAAUUCUGGCAACGAAGGAGACGAGAAGGUGGACAAGUUGGUAGAAUCGUGUCAGCUCAUCCAGUCGAGGGGGAACGCUACUAUUUGCGGGUUCUCCUAAAUCAUGUGACUGGCGCCACCUCCUUUGAUGACCUAAGGAAGGUUUACGGCAAGAUCCUACCUACCUUUCGUGAAGCCGCAGAGAGAAGGGGCCUGAUCGAGGCAGACAACACAUUGGACGAGUGUCUUACGGAAGCCGAGUUGUUCCAGAUGCCACCAUCGCUCCGGAGGCUCUUCGCAACAAUACUGGUAUUCUGUGAGCCUAGCGACGUGCGUGGACUCUGGAACAAGCACUUGGAGGCAAUGUCGAAAGACUAUCGCCGCAUCAAUCCAUGCACAUUCGCGACCCAACAAAUGGUUUUAAUAGAUAUCAGAAACAUGCUACAGUCAAUGGGUAAAGAUAUACGGUCAUUCCCUCUUCCUGAGAUCGACGAGGCACAUGACACGGCAAACGGUGUGCCCAGGGAGAUCUUUGAGGAGUCCACGAUUGAGCUUGACCAUAAGGACGCAACUCUGUUGGACUCCCUCAACGCCGAGCAAAGGGCCGCCUACGAUGAGAUUCUAUCUGCUGUUGAAAGUGACGAGGGUGGUGUGUUUUUCGUGGAUGGACCAGGAGGGACAGGGAAGACUUUUUUGUACAAGGCAUUGCUUGCAACGAUACGAGGGCAGGGGAAGAUUGCCGUGGCAACAGCUACGUCCGGUGUUGCAGCUUCCAUAAUGCCUGGUGGAAGAACCGCGCACUCGCGCUUCAAGAUACCACUGAGUGUUGACGAUGGUGCGUUCUGUAGCUUCACUAAACAGAGUGGGACUGCCAAACUUCUGCGGACGGCUUCACUUAUUAUUUGGGAUGAAGCCUCCAUGACUAAGAGACAAGCGGUGGAGGCGUUGGACAACAGCAUGCGUGACAUAAUGAGCCGACCAGAAUUGCCAUUCGGUGGGAAGACGGUUGUGUUUGGUGGAGAUUUCAGGCAGGUCCUCCCUAUUGUCCGAAAGGGGUCAAGGGCUCAGAUAAUUGAUGCGUCGCUGCGUAGGUCGUACCUAUGGGAUUGCAUGCGUCACCUAAAGCUUGUACGCAACAUGAGGACACAAAGUGACCCGUGGUUUGCGGAAUACCUACUGCGCAUCGGUGGUGGCACCGAGGAGGCCAAUGGUGAUGGCGAUGUACGUCUUCCUGACGAUAUAUGCGUGCCGUAUACAGGGGAGGACACAGACCUUGAUAAACUGAUAGACAACAUUUUUCCAAUGCUUGAUGAUAAUAUGUCGGAUCCAAACUACAUCACCUUGCGAGCCAUCUUGUCCACACGAAACGAUUGUGUGGACCAGGUUAAUAUGAAGAUGAUCGAUCGCUUCCGAGGGGAGGAGGUGGUGUAUCAUAGCUUUGAUCGUGCAGAAGACGAUCCUCAUAACUACUACCCCCCUGAGUUUCUUAACUCGCUGACACCUAACGGGCUGCCUCCACACGUUCUGAAGCUCAAGAUGAACUGUCCUAUAAUAUUACUUAGGAAUAUUGACCCUACGAAAGGACUUUGCAAUGGGACGAGGUUGGUGGUCAGGGGGUUCCAGAGAAAUGCCAUCGAUGCAGAGAUUGUGCUGGGGCAACAUGCUGGAAAGAGGGUUUUUCUACCUCGGAUCCCCCUAUGCCCCUUUGAUGAUGAGAUGUUCCCUUUCCAGUUUAAAAGGAAGCAGUUUCCUGUCAGGCUCAGCUUCACCAUGACAGUCAACAAGGCACAGGGGCAGACCAUCCCCAACGUCGGUAUUUACCUGCCCGAGCCGGUGUUCUCUCACGGUCAGUUAUAUGUUGCGCUAUCUAGGGCCAUCGCCAGGGCGAACAUCAGGAUUCUCGCCGUUACUACUGAUAACAAAAAAAAGAAGUGCUCAAAGCAAAGUGGGAUAUACACGAGGAACAUCGUCUACAGAGAGGUUCUUACGGCAUAGGCGAUGUUUAGAAAUUCAUAUAGUGUACAUAGUUAAAUGCCCGUGCGUUGCAACAUGAAUCGAAAAUUUUCACGAGAUAAUACAGAUGACCGAAACAUGUUCUAAAAUAACAUAACCAUGUCCUUGUUAUUUUUGUUUGAAUUAACAUGAGUAAAAUUCCUGCUAUAGUUGAAACAAGAGGCAGAGUGUUUGUUUCAAGCUAGAAACAAGAUUUGCAGAGGAUAAGUUGGAGGAUCCAAGACUGGCAAGUGAUAGUAGCAAUGACCUAACACAUUCGGUAAAGAAACGAAAGAAAGAAAGAACUGCAAUUUUUUUUUGACAUGCCGAUAUACUUCGAUGAAUGGUAAUUACAGUAGUGUCUUUUCCCUGAUUUGUGUUCUAGCGUCUUUUAUUUCAUACUAAUUUCUUUAGUACAAACAACAAGCAGAUGCAAACAGAAAAAAGAAAAAUGAUUCAGAGCAUCCGCUGGAAGCCCAUGUAUUGAUGAUGCAUAGUUGUAGCACUUCUUGAAUUAGUCUACAACUCUAUAUGUAGCACUUUUAGAGGUAGCAUGUCUUGCUGCUCAUCCAAAUAAGCUUGCACUUGUCCAACUUCAUCUACAAAGUCCUUCUGAUGAACUUCAAGAUGAAGAUACACAUUAUGUUCUGGCUGUAGCAAGAUUCAGGUCAAAAGCUGGUUGUCCCCCAUUAACUGAAGCUUCAGAUGAGGAAUUUUGCAGAGAGAGAGGUGCUACUUUGACUUCCUUGAUCUGGCUGUAAGUUAGGUUCCUUCCGAAGUGCAUCAUCAUUCAAGUUGAACAGGCCGUCCUCAGCAUCAAUGACUUGAUCUUCCUCUGAACAAGGUCAUCCAUUUCCAUGUUAGCCACAGGUUCAUUGAGAUCAACACCCGGAUUGUAUUUAGAAUAGCAAGAGAGUAUAAUCCUAUAUUCCAUUUUCCUUCACACACUUCAAGAAAUAAUUUAUGCUCAAGCAUGUUCGAUUAGAUUUUCACCUUGUCAGUCAUGAACUUUUUUUCUCUGUCCUUUAUAUAUCUAUUCAGAUUCUUCCCUUUAUUGGAUUUGCGCUGGCAAAGUUCUUGUUCUACUCGACAGUAACUAUUAUACUUAAGGUAGAGGCCACUAUCCUCUUGUGGGCAAACUCACGAAUUUCCUGAAAAAUAUUACAAAACAGGGCCAUUUUUGUCUGUUCCAAAUAUGCGGAGCAACCAUGCUAAAUCUCUCACUCCUGACCUCAGACAUGUGGGCCGUUCUAAUCCGUAUCUUUGCUUAGCAUGAGAAGGUUGAUUGGAUUUACUUCGUUGCUUUUGCCGGCACAGCAGCUGGCCUCGUGAUAUACUCAUGCAAAUACUGUCCCUUUUCAGUUGCAGUUAUCUCUGAACAUGUAUAGGUACAUAGCUAUUUACUGUGUUAGCGCCACUACUCACCAUUUAAAACUGCUGCAAGCAGGGGUUCCAAGGAGGCUGCUGAAGAGACGGCGCAGGUUACAGGGGCCAUGGAUGCGGAGGCUGCAACAGUGAACCGCACAGCACAAGUUCCCGGUGUCGGAGAUGAUGGGCCAGUCUCCAACCAGAGUUUUCAUCAGCUGCUACUGCCUCAAUGUAGUAGGCAACGGUUAGCUGCAAACUAGGCCAGUAACAGAACAUUUGAAAUGUGGUUGACGGUUGCUCAAGCCUAUAAUGUGAAGUGUGAUAAAUUAUUUAAUGUCAGAUGUGAAAGAGGGUUAUAGCUUGCACAAGUGCAUUGCAUAACACAGAGUAUUCACGUUUUAUGGCCCAUUCUAUUAUUUUCCCCCAAGGAGCUGUGCAUGCCGUUCUUCGUGUCUGAAUGAUUAAGGAGUGGAAAUUUUCAGUCUUCAUAAAUCAUUUUGGAGUCAGUACAAAUUGAAGUAAAAUUUCAUGUAUCUUGUGUGCCAACUUUGAAAUUGUCACAGGAACUAAGGCAUGACAUUACAAAAAUCAAAACUGAACCAUAAAGUAGCUUGCAAGU